UUUGGAUGUCUCGUGCAGAAAACCGACUUUCUGCUAUUUCAACAGACUCUUUCGACACUUCAUCAGUUGACAGUGACCAAAGUUUGUCGGAAUGGUUGGCAGAUAUCGGAUUGUCACACUUGACUAAAGUUCUCACAGACCAUGGCAUUCAUGACAUAGCUACUCUAACCAUGAUAUCAGAUGGAUAUUUAGAUGACGAACUUUCUUCCGCUCCAAGCUCCAUGCAACACGAUGCAUCAUUGAAUAGUCUACCCUUUAUACCUGACCAUGAUAAAGACAAGCUCUACUCAGCGCUGAAAGGAGCCGACCUUGACAAUCGGGAUCUAGCACCAGCCCCCAAAUCACAAGAGAUGCCCGGACAAACCAUGGACACGGAGCUGGAUGAUAUAAUGGAUCAGUUCCUGGAGAUGGAACGGGAACUGUCUGGUAUGCCUGCUGCUCUCGGAGAAUCUGACACUGUCAGACUCAGGAAGAAGGUUCCACCUACUAACUCUGCCGCCUACAGAAUGUCCAUCAUGGCGCUUGGCAACACUGAUGAGAAAGACUUAGAUUCGCUUCUAGAUGAUUUGUGUAACGAUAUGGAGGAUAUCAAUGCCUCGUUUGGUUUCAACGAUAUACCAACCCCUACCAAUCCCAAAGCUAAGAUGCAGUUUGGAUCCCUGCCAGCUCCUCUGGGUGCUAGUUCAGACAACCUGCCCCCACCUCCCACUAUAUACGAGGAGAUGGCUAGAGCUACACCCCCUCCCCCACCUGCACCUGUUGCCCCUCCAGUAGAGGUAAUGCCUCCCCCUCCUCCUGAUGACGAUCUCAGCUCUGCUCUAGCUGACUUAGAAAGCGAUCUAGGAGUACCACCACCGCUCCACCAGAACGAACACAACCUGGGCCUCCUCCCACCUCCCUAG